GCCAGGCGAGCCGAGCUACGGGAUGUACCGGGGCACGGCUGCGUGCUGGGCGCUGAUGCUGCUGGCGGCCGCCCUCUGCGACACGGUGGCCGGUAAGGGCGGACGCGGCGGAGCCCGGGGGGCCGCCCGCGGUGGGGCUCGGGGGGCCGCCCGCAGCCGGGUGAAGGCGGCCGUGCCCCGGUACGGGUCGUCCUUGCGCGUAGCCGCGGCGGCGGCGGCGGGCGCGGCGGCCGGGGCGGCGGCGGGGGCCGCGCUGCGCCGGGCACGGCUGGCGGGGGACGGCACCGAGGACCGCGAUGGCAACGGGACCGUCAGCGCCUGGAGCUCCGCCGCACCGGGACGGGUCACGCCGCGCUGGGCCGGGGCCUGGCUCUGCCCCUUGGCCGCCGUGCUCCGCCGCUGAUGGCUUCGGGAGCACGGCCCGUGGCUGGUGCGGCACCGAUGCCCACAGGAGCAGACCCCUGAGCCCACCCCCCGGGGUACCAGCAGCUCCCAGGGCUGCGCUCGGCCUCAUCCGUUAUCCACCACCAGCGGGGCAGGACCCCAUGGAACCCCCUCCGUCCACUUCCUUGCCCUCCAGCCCGUGCCAAACCCCAUCGGCUUGGGCAACCCCAUUAGUGCUGCUCCUUCCUCUGCAGAUGUGGGUCUCGCAGUGUUGGAAGGAUGAGGAAGCAGCAAUGAAGCUGAGCAGAAAGCAGUUAGGAUGCAGGGUGAGGGGCUCAGGACAGGCACCCUGAGGUGGUCCCAGCACCCUGCCCAUGCACAUAUAUUUUGGAAUUCAAGUCCCAGAAACAGCCAAGAACACAGUGAGGAAAUGGCUUUUGUCCUGGCUGGAAGCAGCACCAGGCCUCCUUUCCCCACAGCAACCACUGUCCAGCACGGGGAGCCCUGGGGGCAGCUCCUCAUCCCCACCACAGGGAUUCUGUCCCUCUGGUUCCCUGCAGCAGCCCAAGGUCUGAAACUGGGGCUGCCCUGGCAGAGCCGCUUUAAUCUCACACCAAAGCUCCAUGCUGAGGUGGCUCCAGCCCAUGCAGCUGCAGGUGAAGCCUCUCCCCAGUGGGACAGGUCUCAGUCCAGCGUCACCCUGCCCAGGCGUCCAGCCCGGAAAUCCCGCAGGAACUCAUAGGCAGCAGCAGGAUAGUUGAGCAUCAUCAUGUUGACAUUCCCUGGAGAUCAGGGGGAUGCAGAAGGAGGCAUCAGUGGAGCCACCCUAAGAUCCCUUGCAACCCAGGAGGCAGAGAUCCCCCCAUGGCACUCACCUGUGCCCGUCAAUACCUUCACCUUCUGUGUCCUGCCCUGGGCAAGGGCCACGUGCCUCAGCACAAGCCCAAUGUCAUCGCAGGCCUCAGCCAGUCCAUAACGCUGUACAUACCUGCAAAGGAGGUGGGGGGCAUUGCUUCUGCCCUUCAAGCUCCAUGGGGACAGCUUCUCCACCACCCACAUGGGACUAAGAGCAGCAGGCACAGCCCAGGGCCCUCUCCAGCUUCCCCACUGGCUCACUUGAACUGCUGCUGCUUGUUCAGGGCAUACAGGAGGUAGUCAGCCAUGAUAUCCUCCCCAACAAGGUGGUCACGGAUGGUUCCUGGAAAAGAGGGUCAAGCCCCAGCUCCCGCAGCCCUAGCCAAACCCUGGCCACCCCUUCUACCAUCUACUUGCCACCUGUGGGCACCCAGGUAGCACGUGCUGGCCCUGCAAGCAGCCAUCUCAGCCCAGCCUCACGUGAGGUCUCACAGCCACAUCUAGGGAGUCCCCCAAGCCACAGCGGCCACCUCACCGCACAGUGCCAGCUUCAUGCCCGUCUCCACAUCACCCAGCUUCGGUGGAAACACGCCAGGAGUAUCCACAAGGUACAUCAGGGGCUUCUCACAGACCUGGGAUGGAGGAGACAGGGCUGUUAAGACACACUGCUUGGUAACUGCAGCAUCACAGACUGGCUAACAUCACACGUGGCUAACAAGCAAGGUGUUGAAUUGGUUUGUUAAGGUCUUGCUGGAAAGGGGACCUGCUUUGAGAUCAGCUCUGCAUGUCU